UCUCAUGUUAUAAGCGGUUGACAUGGGCGCUCCAUUUUUCCAGGGUUUUUAGUCAAGGGAGGGCGCAAUGAGGGCGCUGCUCGUCAAGUCCUAUGGCGAUCCAACGCUUGCUCCAUCCGAGAAUGGCCCUCUCUUCGUCGACGAGGAUCAUCCACGGCCCCGGAUGGUAUCCAAUUCCUCGGUGAGAGUCCGGGUAGCCGCCGCGAGUGUGAAUUUUGCCACGGUUUUGUCGAUCGAGGGUAAGUACCAGGAGAAGCCGGCGCUGCCAUUCACCCCCGGUGGUGAUUUCUCGGGCGCUGUGAUCGAGGUUGGGGAUCACGUCAAACGCGUUAAAGUGGGGGAUCACGUCUGUGGCGUGGUGGACCUGGGAUCUUAUGCCGAGGAGCUGGUCACUGACGAAAAAUAUCUCUACAAGGUUCCCUCUGGCUGUGAUCUCAUUGCAGCAGCAGGGCUUCCAGUCGCGUUUGGAACUUCACACGUUGGAUUAGUUCACCGAGCAAAUCUUAGACGAGGACAGGUGCUGCUCGUGCUCGGAGCUGCUGGUGGAGUUGGCCUGGCGGCAGUACAAAUCGGCAAGUUGUGUGGAGCGAUCGUUAUAGCUACUGCAAGAGGGAGUAGCAAGACAAGUCUUUUAAGAUCAAUGGGGGCCGAUCUUGCGGUUGAUUCCGGGACUGAGAGCCUCCUCAAAGCCGUACCAGCAUUCUUGAAAAGUAGAAAGCUCUCUGGAGUCGAUGUGCUCUAUGAUCCUGUCGGGGGGAAGCAUUUCAAGGAAGGGCUCAGGCUCUGCUGCUGGGGAGCACAAAUCAUAAUAGUUGGCUUUGCAAGUGGAGAGAUUCCUUCUCUUCCUGCAAACAUAGCACUUGUUAAGAACUUGACAGUCCAUGGACUUUACUGGGGAAGCUAUAAGGUACACCACCCAGAGGUCCUAGAAACUUCCCUACAACAGUUAAUUGAAAUGCUUGCGGAUGGUUCGAUCCAGAUCAACGUUUCACACACUUACGAUUUGUCCGAGGUUAAUUUGGCUUUCUCAUCCAUCGUGCAAAGAGAGGUCUUGGGAAAAGUUGUUGUUGUAUUUGACGGCGACAAGGAGUCGAAGCUUGGUUCCGAGAGAAAGUCUCGACUUUGAACUGGCAACGAGGAAUCUAUACUCUGCUUUCUGCGGAUUAACUAUUAACUAGAUAAGGUUUUUAAUUGAUC